AUGGAGCUGGAUUACAAGUCGCUGGUCCUGCUGCUGUGGUACUCGUUCUUGGCCAUCGUGAAGGUCAUCUUUAUUGCUGCCUUCGGGGGCUUCUUCACUCGCUCCCACCUCCUCUCCUCCGGCGCCAAGAAGGACCUCAGCAACCUGGUGUUCUACUUGUUCACGCCGUGCCUGCUGUUCGCGAGUGUGAGCACCACGGCGGACGCCGAGAGUCUGCUGCGAUGGUGGCCCCUGGUCGUGUUCCCCAUGAUCUGGCAGGCCAUCGCCUUCGCCGCCGGCCACCUCCUGGUGAUGGCUCUCCUGCCCGCCCUCGCUCCCGCCUCCUCUCUGCCCCUCCUCUCCUCCUCGCCCGCCUCCGUUCCCCAUCUCCAGCGCUCCAAACGUGAAGAAGUGGUCAAGUGCCUGGUUAGCUCUUUGGUGUUCUGGAACGCCGGAAACCUGCCGCUCAGUCUCAUCAUCUCUAUCACACGCGACAUUGAGCCGUUCGCCUCCGACCCGACGGCGACCUCGCGCGGCGUGGCCUACACGUCGAUCACCAUGACCUACCUAUCCCUCAUGUGCUGGAGCGUGGCCUACAACUACCUGCGCCCCUCCUCCCCGUCGCCCUUGCGUCUGCCCAUCGGCGCCGACGACACCACCGACGACGGCGACGCGGGCCCUCUCGCGUACGGCCAACACAAGAAGCUCGAUGAUGACAACGACGAUGGUCGUCGAUCGGCAGCCGAGAAAGCCACCUCCGGUGACAAGAAGGCGGUAGCCGCAAGCGCAUUGCCAUGGCAGCGGCUGGCUAAGGAGCUCUUCACCCCGGUGACAAUCGCACUCGCCAUCGCCCUCGUGGUCGGGCUCGUCGGGCCGCUCCGCAGCGUCUUCCACGAGCCGGGCGCGCCGUUGAAAUUCGUGAGCGACCUCACCAGCACACUGGGCGCUUGCGCCGUGCCCAUCAUCCUCCUCGUUCUGGGCGCCAGCCUAAGCAACGGCCCACAAGCCCUCCGCAUCAGCAGGUGGGCGGUCGUGGGUAUCGUCGGGGUGAAGCUCUUGCUCAUGCCCGUCAUCGGGAUCGCGAUGGUGUGGACGGCCAGCCGAUGGGGCCUGCUGCCCGACGACCCUCUCUUCCUACUCUGCCUCGUCAUCCAGGCGUCCAGCCCAUCUGCCACUGCACUCGUGGUCAUCACGGAACAACUUGGCAGCGGCUCCGGCAUGAUGGCAAGUCUGCAGUUUUGGCAGUACCUCGUCGCCAUGUGCUCCGUCACCGUGUUCAUCGCCCUCAGCCUUUACCUCUUCGUGUAG